GGUCUGUACUUCUCAGUACUUUUUAUGGAGUCUGUGUCUACUACCAAUCGCUUUAGCAGAUAUACAUUUACCAAAAGAAAUUACACCUUAUCGUGCUAUAGUACAACAUUUAUUCAUCUGGUUCGGCUCACAAGCUCUAUGGCUGGCGUCUGCUUAUAGCCUGGAAAUGUGUACAUUGAAAGGCAUAUUUUUAAAUCGUAUUGUCUGGUUGCUGGUAUGGAUCGCUUCAUUAAACUAUUUUGUGUGUAAUAUCUACAUUUUAUUUCGUCUGAUCAGUUGGCGGAGUAAACCCAGUGCAAAAAUUCAUAAAGAGUAGUGACUGUCAUUCUCCUCCUCCUCAUCAUCCCUAAGUCGAUUGCGCCGACUUCCUCGACUUAUUAUCAGAAGUGUGAUAAUCUCGACAAGAAAUACUCUUAUUAUUAUUAUUUUCAAAAUUAAUUUAUCUACUUUUAUUUCAGUUAUGUAUCUAUCCAUCUAUAUAUGUAUCUGUGUAUAAUUUGUCCAAGUUAAAUGAGUGUUAUUCAUCAUUCCUGGUUGGUAUAUAUUUGUAAACCGUAAGGGGGUAAUUCUUGUUCUAGGCAGCAAUAAAUUCAGUAUUUCUGUUCGGCAUCAUCAUCACCUCAUCAUCUGUAUCUCCUCCACUCUAAAAAGAUGACUAACGUAAAAGGAAGGUAAUGAGAAAACUGUGUAAGCAGGUCGUGGCGGUGGUCAUCGUGGUGGUGGUGGUGGUUAAACAUUGUAAAUUCUCUGAUCAAAACAAAUUGUCCGGUGUUUUGUUUGUUAUUGCCUACCGGCUUCUACUAGAACUAUUAGAAGGAGGAGCAGCAGCGGCAGCAUUCACUGACAUCCACAAAGACUUUGAAACUUAACUUUACAUAUAUACACAUAAGUAGGUGGUGAACACUUGUCAAUGUUUUCAGUUCUCCCUCCCUUUCUAUCUCUCUCUAUCUCCCCGUGUAUAUGUAAAUAUACCAAUGUACUGUGAUGUGAAAUACAACAAGUGAAUACUUUACCUUGUGUAUUUAUUCUGUACUGU